AUGCCGACACCUAAAGUCCCCUCUGCGUUCCUUGACCUCGUCGGCGCCAACCGCGACCUGUGGACAUGGGAGCCUUGGAUCGACUUCACAGGGCUGAGCGACGCCCCCUGGAGCGGCAAACCCGGCUCAAAGCCCAAGGGCUGGACGGACGACGACGUCGUGAGCGUUCGCGCAAUGGUGAACGCGUAUUGGACGGUCGCGCCGAAGGACCGAAUGGUGUUCUUCAAGGACCGGCAAAGCGGCGCAAAAGGCAAGUCCAAAGCGUCAUCCCCCCUCUCAGCGGCCGACCUGGGCGUCCUUCACACGGACGCCCGCAACAAAUGGUCGGCGUGGUUCAACGAGCUCGGCCGCGAGCACUUGGCCAAGUUGGUCGACGACAUGCUGAUGGAAGAGGGACACCAUCCCACGCAGCUUAUGAAAGCGAAUGCGACACAAAAAAUGCCUACUAUGGCAGCCGCGAUGGUGACGUCGAUAUACGUUGACCUCGCGGAGCAGUUAUUCGGGCGGGACGCGCUGCUGACUGACACGGUGGUCAAAUCAGAGACAGAAGGCACAAUUGGCAAGCAAGCUGGACGCUGUGCAUACCAGAUGGUUCGAAUUAUCGGCCAACGAGGAGAACGUCACCGUGUUUCGUCUCACUCAAUUCUUCCAGACGGUAACCCGCGUCUUAGAGCUGACUGA